ACUUAGGCCCUGUUUGAUAGUUAACUAUAGAAAUGCUGCAUUUCUAAUAAAUUAGUAAAUAUAUGGUUUGAUAGCUUUUUACAUGCGGUAGAUAUAUUUCCAAGUAAUUUUUAAAUUAUGUUUGAUAGGGUUUAGUAAUAUAAUGACUAAAACCAACAGUCCUAUAACGCCCUCAAAUAAUUGAUCUAUUGACCGAAUUGUCCCUCAAUUAUUUAGAGCGGCAGAGCAAAUGCAUCUAGAUUCUUGCGCCUCCAAUUUAUAACCCGCGAAAAAUCUUUCAGCCAAAUUCCACCGGUUGCAGUUCAAUAGUCGAAGAGAAGAGCAACUACUCCAUCGAGGGCGAAUACCGCCGGCGGCCGGCGAAUCUUUGUUUAUCACAAGACGACGCGGUUGUCUGACACCAUGUCCAGAGUUGAAGGAAAUUCGGUGAGCAAUGAGAUCGGUCGUGAGAAAGCUUCAAAAGGUGACAAGAGCAGACGUAGUUGGACCAUUCGGGAGAAGGAGGUGUUGUUAGCAUCCUUGAAGGAACUUGUCGUUCAAGGUUUUAAAUCAGAUAAUGGAUUCCGCGCUGGGUAUCUAGGUAAGCUUGAAGAAGCUCUUAAGAGCUUCUUUCCAGGGACUGAUCUUAAGGGAAUGCCACAUGUACAUUCGAAACUAAGCACAUGGAAGAGGAAUUAUUCUUCUUUAUCGACUAUACUAGAGAAGACCGGUGUUGGAUUCAAUGUUGACGGGAAGUAUAUGAUUGAUUGCGAUAAGGUGCUAUGGGAGCAAAUUGUGAUGGAAGACUCGAAUGCACGUCCAAUGCUAUCCAAAAGAUGGCCAUAUUGGGAGGAUUGGAAAGAGAUAUUUGGCAAGGACCGAGCAAGUGGCAAAAAGGCAGAAGAUGUCAUGGACGCAAUCAAUGAGGUGCAUCACGGGCGUAACCAAGCGAAUGACAAAUUGCAUGGUGACUAUUAUGUACACGUUCAAGAUGAAGUUGAACAAGAAGGAGUAGCUGACAGUGCAUGCCAAAGUGAGAAGUCUGGGGUCGCAGCUAGGUCUACAAGCAAGAAACGUAAGGUUAGCGAUGGAUUUGAAAGGCUGUUAGAGUUUUUGGGAGAGAUGGGGCACGAUUCCAAAACGCGGAUAGACAGUAUUGCAUCACGAAUAGGUUACAAAUUUGAUUUAGCUAAAGCAAGAAAGGAAGUGUACGAUCAACUCAACGGCAUGCCUAACUUAGAUACCAAAGAAAAGUUCUACGCCUACGAGAUACUAGCUGGUGAAACGCAGGGACUCGAACUCUUUAUGGGCCUUCCGGAUGAUGCAAAGCCACAGUAUGUCGCAUAUCUACUCGACACCAAGCGACAGUAG